AUUCACGCAAACCGACUCCUUCUAUUACAUUCGGAUUUCUACGUCUAACCAAGUUUCUCUCCUCCAAGCCGACUUCCCCACAAUAGCUCUCGCGAAAUGCAGUCUGAACAAGCCCACGGGCCGGUCAAUGACUCCGCGCCGUUCCCACCGCCGUCGCCGACCCUCUUCCGACAUCGCCCUCAGCCAGAUGGCCCCGAACCUUCUGCCCUUCGCCACAGACUUCCUCGAACAACAUCACAUGAAAGUCAACAAUCUGGUUCCCACUCUGUGAGGAUUAGAAUCCAAUCGCCUUUUGGUGAUUCGGGCGCGUCUUUGGAAAGGAGAAAGGAAGGCUGGGUGUUGCCGGCUAAUGAGACGAUUGGCGAGCUAAAAGACGAUUUGGCUCAUGGCCAGCUCGAAGGGGCGGGGUUAUGGGAAAGGGAAGAUAUGAGGAUCGUGUAUCAUGGGCGAAUCGUGAGGGAUCAAGAGAAAUUAGGAGACGUCGUGGGAAAGAUUGGAGAUCACACUCACGUCUCUACCCUUCAUCUUGUUGCUAGAAGGGUUCAGACCACUCCCGUCGUUCAAAUGUCCGACCCAAUAGACAGUUCUGCGCUAGGACCUCAACCUUCUACGCCCACCGCACCUGCUGUAUCCAAUAGCAAUUCAGUAAACUCCCUUGCCCUUUCUGAUUCGAUCCAUUAUCUGCUUUUCACUUCUAGACAUCAUCUUUUCUCCCUUUUAAGUCUGGAACCGCUAAAGUGGGAAAAUACUGUGCCGCCACCUGUUGUCUCGAAAAAUGAGGCUCGAGAAGCGGUGCUUUCUGUUGUGAAAGCCUAUGCUGCACAUCGCGACACGACAGAGGAAGGUUGGGAAAACUGGGAAUUGGCGUUCGCUGAAGAUAGCGAUGAUGAUUUGAAGCGUAUUUGGGAUGAAACCGGACAGAGACACGGUAUUGAAAAAGAGAUUAACGAUCUUUGGUCCGGUCUCUUGAAUAGGAACUGGUCCAAUCGAGAUGUCGGAGAAAAAACAGAAGUCGAAAUCGAUGGGACUGUCUAUCUUCUUGACCUACCGGCACUCAGCGCUUGCACGCCUGCCCAACUCACUCAUCUUCUCAUUUACCUCCGCAUCACAUCGUUAAUCCCUCUGCUCAAUUCGGCGUUCUACGAAGCUACUCAACAGGAGACGCAAUCUCGUCUUCCUUUGCCCACCGUGACCUCGGCAACCGCCGGCCCUUCUCUUCCACCUAAUGUCCGCAUUGUCUACCGCCGCACAUUUCGUUUCUUCCUACCUUAUAUCCCACGUCCUGUCUUCAGCCACUUUUUCUUCUCAACCUUCAAAGUCUUCACCAUGCUUUGGAUGCUGACGCGCGGCAUGAAAUGGACUGAUCCGAGGUACUGGGCGAUCGCAGGUAUCGCAUGGGGCUGGUGGGCGGUCGAUGGAUGGAACGCGAUUGCUGUGUUUUUGAGAAACAGACAGGCGAAUGAGUUGGCGCAGGAAGCCGAACGAGCCGCUCGCAACGAAAGACAAGCUGUACCCGCUGGUCCUGGCGCUGAGAUGACCCAAACCCAGCAGAUCCCGGCGCAAGGCAACGCCCCGAACCGUCGUCGCAGUCGUGCCUCUCUAUCGUUGACCACCUCAUUUGCACCCCUUGUCCACCUCUCGAUAGAUAAUAUCCAGUUACGCAUUCUACCUUCUUCCGGUGGACAACCUGACUCUUUCGCACCUGCUCCCCGAACCCAACCGCCUAGAUUUCAAACUCAGGUCCUGCUGCCUGUUUUUCUAUGGGCAGUCACCCUAAUGCCAGGAUGGGAAACAGCGAGGGCAAAACUUAUCAGAAUGAGGGAAAGACGUAUGCGGGCUCUCGUCAAUGUCACUAACCCCGAGCGGAACCAACCUGGUGAAGGUGCUGAGCAAGCAUCAGAGAGGCAACGAGAGCCAGAGCUUCCUGCUGGUUUGAGCGGACCAGCUCGUGCUUAUUAUCUUAGAGUACUUUCCAGGGGAGACGCAAUCGAUUGGGAUGAAGAGCGGGAGGCUCAAAGAGCAAUGGGCGUGGGGGAAGAACAAGACGAGCGCGAUAGGGUUGGCUUGUUGUAGUUUUUCCGGUUGUAACUAAGAGUAGAUCUUUAUUUUUGUUCUUGUUUGUAUGCAUGGUUUGC